GGUACCAGUUUACAGUCGGCAACAGUCGACCACGUCAAGGUGUGAAACGUAAACAUGGCGGAGAACAAAACCGGCGGUAGGAAAGUUCUCAUCGCGAUCGACGGCAGUGAACACGGUGAUCGAGCAUUUGAUUGGUAUAUGAGCAAUGUUCAUUGUACUGGAGAUGCAGUAGUUGUUUUACAUGCCUUUGAGAUUCCACCUCUUCCAUAUUCAUCUGGACCAUUUGUGUUUGCAUACUAUGAAGAAUGGAGUCAGAUGGUGAAUGAUUUAAGAGAGCAGGCCAAAACAAUGAUGCAGGGAUAUGAGGAAAGAUGUAAAGAGAAAAAGAUUCAUUAUCAAAUGAUCCUGGUAGUCGGCAAACCUGCAGGUAAUGUGAUUUGCAGUGAGGCCAAAAAUGAAAAUGUGGACCUGAUUGUAACUGGCGCCCGUGGACUUGGUACAGCUAGACGUACAAUCCUUGGAAGUGUUAGUGAUUAUGUAGUGCACCACACCCACUGUCCUGUCUGUGUUGUACCACCUUCAGCGAUGAAACAGGACUGUUAACAGCACCUUACUGAUGUUAUUAGUUAUAGUGCAUAUAGGAGGAAGUAGUGGACAACAACUCAAGACUAUUGAUGAAUUAACCCCUCACAUGUAGCUUCCUUUUGUUUAGCAAUCCUGUUUUAGAAAGAUUCCACUGCAUAUAGUCAAGAACUUAGCUCUUGAUUGUGUUGUGUAUGUGGAUAUAAACGAAACAAUUAACACUUAAUGACUGUUCCUAGAGGAGCUGUUCAAUUUGUUGUUUUUGUUUCUGUUGUUGUUGUUGUCGCUUUUGCUGCUGUUGUUGUUGUUGCUGUUGUUGUUGUUGUUGUUCCUCAAGAAUUCCAGUGUUUCCUAGGUUGAGCUGGGGUUGUCGGCCAAAGAAAACCUUGAGAUUAAAAUAUCAGUUUCCCAAAAAUUGAAAAUUUUGAAGAAAAACAUUUUUUGGUAUCAUUUUUCAGAUAGACCUUUUACGCAAUAAAAAUUCCACAUAAAAAGAUUGGUUUUAAACAAACUAUGAGUAAAAACAAUUUUUCUGAUAAUUACCUCUGAUUGCUAGCUGUCACCAGUCACAUGACACAAAGGCAAAAAAAGGUUUCUGUUAUAAGAUCACAAAUAAAAUCUACUGGUUUCCCAAGGGACCAGUCAUUAAGUGAUUAGUUACAUCACACAACAAAGACAUGAGUAGAUCCAUGUUAGGGAGGUCAGGGGCAGAUCUAGGGGGAGGAUGCAGGGGGUGCACACCUCCCCCACCUCCCCCCCCCUCCCCACCGAGAUGAAGCCUUCUUCUUCGUAUUCACUUUUAAAAUUUGUUUUCCUCACCAGUCAGUUACACCAUUCCUUCCUUAGUGGUGCACCCUCAGGUUGUCAGAGACUUUCAGUUUGGACAAAAACAGUUUCAUUGUGAAACAUCUUGUGACCUCAAGGUAGCCAAUGAGAGCAUGCGCUAUAAUGAGAAAAAAAAAUCUAUGCCUGUAUGAUAAUUUAUGAAUCAAUGGGUGUGUAAUUACAAAAAAAUAUAUUGUAAAAUUGACAAAGGGUAUGGGAUUUGAACUUUCUGCUGGAUUGUACAAAAUGACGUGCUUUUAUCCACAUAUCAUGAUUAAUAUCAUUAUAAAAUGAAGAAACAAAAAUUAUUUAAGAUAUAAAGUAUUCUUUUAAGUUACAGUCAGAGGAAGGAUGUAAUUUGUUUCUGGCCAAGUGAAAUCCACACAUCACUCACUGGUUACUCUCAGCGAAGAUAUCAGUUGGCUUUCAGAAAGAACCAACUCAAGUCUGGUAGUUGAAAACUACCAUUCUUAGGGUAGGCCAUUUAAAUUCAAUCAGUACCAAAACAUAAGACCCAUAAAUAGUGGGGUCCACAUUCCUCACAGUUGCUAGUUCUUGGGGUAUAAAUGUGGGUGUGCUGUCUUUUUGCAGUAUCCAACUUCAUAUCCCCAUGUAAUCACAUUCCUGUGCACAUAAAUGCAUAUGUUUUUUAUAGACCAAGAAAGAAUCCACCAUGAAACAUAACAGGAGCUAGCAGAGGUAACAAGCAUAUUUAAUGAGCUAGUGGUAAAUGGGUGUAACAAGUGUGAAGUAACUAAAAUAUUCAGCAACACCACACAUUCAAAGAAAUGAUAUGACCGUUUUAUUUUGCACAAAUUUGCUAGUUUUUUAAAACAACUUUCAAAUAUUCUAUAAUACAGAUGAAGAUUCAUAACAAAGCUGAAAUAAAAUGUUAAAAUGCCUUCAAUAGUUUGGAUGAUGUCAUUGGUUUGUUUGUUGUUGUUGUUGUUGUUUUUGUUUUCGGUUUCUCAUUUUUGUGUCUAUUUCACGUUAUUUGGUUUCAUGAUAAAUGUGUAAACUGCUUUUCUUUAACAUGCAUGACUUAAUAGACUGGCUAUUAUUUGGUGUAACUAUAAAAAUUAUAUAAAGCAUUUGUUGAGUUAUUGA